UUCGACAGUGAAUUGAAUCGGAGCAACUCGUUCAAGGAGACCAGCUCACUUCCUCGUGCACUGACUCGGUGCCUUGGUGCGGUUUCAGUCCUAUCGGGCGAGUCCAGCCCAUCCGGUUCGCCGUCCGUGAGCGAGGUACUGGCCUAUGCAGAUUGGUUAGGCGUAGACGCCCGCCUCCCAUUCUCCCGCUAUCGUAGUCCAGAAAGAUCACAUGUUCUCCGCCUGUGCAUGUGGCCCCUGGACGAUUCCGAUGAGGCUCAAAGACGUGUAUUCCUAAGUCUUUGUGCCAGUGGCCAAUACGAACGGGCCGCCACGAUGGCACUGAUCAAUCUGAAAUUCAGUUGGGCACUCAGCUAUCUGAACCGGGCAUCGGCAGAUCAUCGUCUCAAUAGCAAUUCGGAAACAGAUGGUAAAGCAACCACCAGUCAACAGGAUACGGCAUUAGUUGCACUCGCUCUGGCCGGUUAUUCUGAUGCCAAAAAUGACUUGUGGCGAGCCACAUGCGCCGAUUUGAUCAAUCGCUUGGAGAACCCGUAUCUGCGUAUGAUGUUCACGUUCCUUAGCCGACAAGGUGGGGAUUUUGAUCCGAUUCUGUACAACGAGGAUCUGUGCCUGAUCGACCGAGUAGCUUUUGCCUGUCUCUAUUUGAACGACGAUGACGUGAGUCAAUUUCUUUAUCGUGAUCUGUUGGAUCAAUGGCGCAUGUGGUUCCACCGAGCCAAUUUCGACAUCACGUACAAAUCUCGUUUAGUCUCUGACUGCAUGUGGACCACGUCCACGAGUAAAUCGCCCGCUGCAAGCAUGGGAACCACGGCGAGUAUUGCCAACCGUUCAAUGGAGGCAACAACCGCGGUCGAUAGUUCCGGUGUGUCGGGGACCACAAAACCGGCGACUAGUCCGAGCAUUCCUAAUACACCAACCAAAGUACGAAAUGUCGGCCUGGUGGCUGCCGUAAACCAGGUGUUUGUUGCAUGUGGGUUUUGUGGUUGCCGUUUGGGACCCCAGACACGAGCAAGUGUGACAUCGGUCGGGAAUACAUCGUCCAGUUCCGGUCCGAUGGCUUCCGCAUCCGAUUCGAUUGCGCUCGNGCUCGCUUCGACCGCGCGCAAUUUACAAAUGCACGAAGGCGGCGGAAAGCACACAAUUUGUCAACAGUGUCGCAAACCGCUUCCCCGGUGUGCCAUUUGUUUGAUGCACUUGGGCACAGUGGCUCCCGCGUUAUCUGAAUCCACCUCAACCAAUCCACAAAUGGAAGACGUAUUGAGGCAAUCCGCGAUCGCUUCAGUCCCAGCCUUGACCAACAACAUGGCUCGUGUUCUACAGCUCAGUAUUCACGGCUUGGUUCCGCAUGACUCCGUCAUUGCAGAUACUUCUUGUAACCGGCUCAAACAACCGCCUCGUAUCCCGGUCUCCAUGGCCAAUUGGUUUGUUUGGUGUCAAGCCUGUCGUCAUGGGGGGCAUGCGAGUCAUUUGGCCGAGUGGUUCUAUGGUGCAUGGUCCAAUGCUGCUGAAUCUGAAUAUCACACCCAGUGUCCGGUCAGCGGAUGCCAGUGUCGAUGUUCCAGUUUGGAUAGUAUGCAACCCUCCCCUUGGCUUCAUAUCGUGUCCCCAAGCAAUACUGCUCUACGAACGAACAUGGCCCGAUCGGUCUCGGUUAAUAGCAAUGAGCUGAGCCAAGAUGAUGAGGAAUCAGAUGAAGAGGAAACAGACACUCGUCCUGUUGGUCUGGAUGAUUUAGUUCUACGCAGUUCCUAUCUUGCCCCGUUCGGAAACAUUCCGGAUGACGGUACAAAUCCGGUGACCUCAGGAACCUCCACAUUCCAACCACUUUCUACUAGCAAUUGA